AAGAAGAAGAAGAAGAAGAAUGUGUUAGUACCUUGGACUUUUCUGUGUCUUAUCGCAGUUUUAAAAAUUGGUACUUUUUGAAGAACCCACAUCAAAGUAUUGUGUUAAAUCCAAUUUAUGAAGCAGUAGGUGCAUGGCAUGGUCGUUGCUUGUUGUCAGUUCUGACGAGGACAGCUGAGUGAUGUUGUUGGUGAGCUUGGAUUAAAUCAUCUCUAAACAAAGAACUUGUCCUCGUGGUGACUGACUUGGGGAGUGGAGGUCAGUGAGCCCAUUGUCUCUGCUGGUCCGACUCCAACUACAAAGCCGGCCCGCUCGCCCCCUCCUGAGUCUGAGAGGAGAUCCAGAGAGAAAGAAGUGAAAGCAGGCCGAAACCUCAGCACAUGGAUGAUAUCAACCAAAAACAUCCAGCACCAGCAAGUAAAGAUGAGCCAGCGGCGAUCCCUGUGGAAAAGACUUUUCCCGCUAUGAAGCAGCCCAGAAGACGCAAGCGCGCCAACAGGGAGGACAGAAGCUUGAGCUGUGAUCAGUGUGGGAAGUCUUUUACUCAGAUUUGUAACUUGAAAUCACAUCAGCUGAUCCACGCCGGUGUGAAACCAUUCAGCUGUGAUCAGUGUGGGAAGACCUUUACUCAGAAAUAUCAUUUAAAGGUACAUCAGCUGAUCCACAGCGGUGUGAAACCAUUCAGCUGUGGUGAGUGCGGAAAGUCUUUUAUUCAGAGUUACCGCUUAAAAGCACAUCAGCUCGUCCACAGUGAAGUUAAACCAUUCAGCUGUGAUCAAUGUGGAAAGACCUUUACUCAGAGAUGCAGCUUAAAAACACAUCAGCGCCUCCACACUGAAUUUAAAGCUUUCAACUGUGAUCAGUGUGGAAAGUCUUUUACUCAGAAAGGUCACUUAAAGAGACAUCAUAUGAUCCAUGUUGGAGGUAAAUCAUUUGUCUGUGAUCAGUGUGGAAAGUCUUUUCAGGAUAGAGAUCACUUAGAGAAACAUCAGGGCGUCCACAGUGAAGUUAAACCUUUCACCUGUGAUCAGUGUGGAAAUUCUUUUAUCGGGAUUGAUAGGUUAAAAAGACAUCAGCUCAUCCACAGUGGAGAGAAACCUUUCAGCUGUGAUCAGUGUGGAAAGGCUUUUCAUUAUAAGAGCAACUUAAAAACACAUCAGCUCAUCCACAGUGGAGAGAAAUCUUUCAGCUGUGAUCAGUGUGGAAAGUCUUUUGCUUACGUUAGUCACUUAAAAAGACAUCAGCUCAUCCACUCUGGUGCUAAACAAUUUGUAUGUGGUGACUGUGGAAAGGCUUUUACUCAAAAGACUGGCUUAAACUCACAUCAGCUCAUCCACUCUGGUGCUAAACAAUUUGUAUGUGGUGACUGUGGAAAGGCUUUUAUUGAGAUUGAAAGCUUAAAAUCACAUCAGCUCACCCACUCUGGAGUUAAAACAUUUGUGUGUGGUCAGUGUGGAAAGUCUUUCUUCCAUAACAAACGUCUAUUGAGGCAUCAAAAGACCCACAAAGUGUCCUCCUGUGAGAAAAGGGGCAGACCAAUGGGACAUUACCCUGACAGGGUUCAUUUGAACACAGUGGGAGAAACAGGGGAUCUGAACAAAAGUUCUUCUGGAUGCUGCGUCAAACUUAAAAAGCUUGAGAUCAGGCUUCACAGAAUUCAGCUUUAAUUUCCUGAGAAAGUCAGAGCUUCACUAUGUCUUUGUAGAUCUAGUGAAAACAUGAAAGGGUGCAAAAAGAGGCACUGUGGUACUACAUGAUGAAGUCAGAAGUGACAGAGAAGUAUGUGAGCGUGGUUCAGGACAUGUAUGUGUGGUAGCAGUGACUACCACACAUACUUGGGUUGAAGGUGGGGGGAGGAUUACAUCAAUUCUGAGCCCCUUCUUUCUUUUUCAAAGCGAGGGCAAUACUCAGGAAAGGAUGAUGACAAUAGAGCUGCAAGACAGGAUGGAAAGAAAAAGAGUUUAAGAGAAGAUCAUCAAUGUUGUUAAGCGAUCGAGCCGCGAUCACAAAAUCUUAGCUUAUGGAGUUAGUUAUCCCAAUACAAGUUUAGCAAGUUAAACUUCACUGGCUGUGUCCACAAACAGCAUACAGAGCAAACAUUACUCCAUCAUCUGAUCACAAGAAAAGCAAAAUGUCAGAAGAGUUCACCUUCUGGGUCAAACUGUCAGACCUGUUACUGUUUAUUUGGCUGUUCAUCGUGAGGUAAUUAUCAGUGUCAGUGCUGUGCCACUUCUAUUGUAACUCACAUGAAAUGUGUUUUAAAUGGGCUCUAUUGUCUUACAAUAUUGUGUGAGUCUGUUUUGCUCAACAAAGACACAACCCCUCCUGCAAUGUUUAAUGUUACAGCAAAAAAAGGUAAAUUGAUAAAUUUGUGUCAUUUUUAAACAGGCAGUAUUUAGAAAAUUAAAUAUAUUCUUACCCAUGUGUAAAGUUUUCAGUGGUCUGUGUUUUCUUACAGGAUGUGAGUGUGUUUUGCUCCAUGAAGAGACAAACCUACAUUUUUUUUAUGUUGCAGUAAAAAUAUUUUUAUUGUAAGUCAUAAAUUUUACUCAUUUUCAUCCAGGCAGUAUGUAAAAGAUUAACUGAAUCCUAUGAAAAAUAAAAUGUAGAAAGAUG